GGUAAUGUCUGUGGAGAAAGGAGUUCCGUUAGGAUAUUCGCUCCGGGGCAUGAGGGAUGUGCGGGGUAAGCAGCACAGGCCAGUGAAGGGACGCCGCAAGGCCGGAAGCCGGGCCCGGGAUCACCAGCGGUCGUGCCCGGAGCCAGGAAGCAGAGGGGCCCAGAUGCUGCGAGAAAAAUUGUGGGUGCCCUGGAACGGGCUCAUUGUGAUCGGGAAGAGAAUGGAGCUUCAGAGUAGAAAUACACAAAAGCCUAGGAUGUCGGACCCUAAGGCUGACCCUGAGUACUGGAGACUGGAAGGUGUGGAAAAGAGGGUCUUCAAAGAGAAGUCAGGCAAGAGUCAGGAAAAGAUGGAUGUGAAGCCACCCCACAGUGUAGCAGGUGCAUUACAGGCUUCGGCAGAAUUGGGGCAAAACAGCCCAAGGGCGAUGUGGGGAAAGCAAGAAAUCAGAGGCCAAAUAGGCGCUGAAUUUGAAAGUGUCCGGACUGCAGCAGGAUCUAGGAGGGGGUCUGGUUUUAAAGACAGGUUAAAGUUUACUGGAGAGCGAACCAGCGGAGAGGACCUGAGAUCCAGGGGAUAUACACUAGGGCAGAAUGAGGAGGAGCGGAGGUCUAGUGGAGAGAGGCUGAGUGGAGAGAAACUGAGGUCUAGUGGAGAGAAACUUAGGUCUAGUAGAGAGAAGCUUAGGUCAAGUGGAGAGAAGCUGGGAUCAAGUGGAGAGAGGCUGAAGUCAAGAGAGAAGCUGAGUGGAGAGAAACUGAGGUCUAGUAGAGAGAAACUGAGGUCAAGUGGAGAGAAGCUGGGGUCAAGUGGAGAGAACCACCGAUUUAGGAGGGAGAAGCUGGGAACUAGUGGAGAGGAUUUGAGAUCCACUGGAGAUAAACUGCAGUCAAGUGCCGUAAAACUGGGCACUAGUGGGGAGAAGCUGGAGGACUCCGGAAUGGGGAGCAUAGAUGAAGAACGUAUUGAAAGAGUGGUAGAAGUUACUAAUGCUGAGAUGGAAAUUCCUGUUGAAAGACUGGAAGGGAAUGAUGAGGGGCUCGAAGGGGCUGAGGAAGCGGGAACUGAGGAGGUCUUGGGUGUAGUGAAUGAUAUUGCUGUUGAAUCUGUUACUGUGGAAGAGAAAGAGGUUGUAGGUGAAGGUAGUGGUGAAUGAGGCAGAUGAAGGACUGAAGCUAAAGAAAGAAAGAGAAGGAGAUAGAGGAAGCAUUAUAAGUCAAAGAGGAUAAAGUAGAGCCAAGCAAUUAUUUACCCCAAAGAGGUAAAUCUGAGAGAGGAAAGGAGAGCACGGGAACGAAGAGCUUCUGGAGUUGAAGGUGGAGAACAAGACCAAAGGAAACCAAGAAGAGUAGAGAAAGGGAAAUGGGAACAUUUUUAGGAUUUUGAGGAGAAA